AUGCCUCUCAAACGUCUAGAGAUCGAAAAUUUCAAAUCAUACCGCGGCCAUCAGGUCGUCGGUCCCUUCAACGCCUUCACCGCCGUCAUCGGUCCCAAUGGUAGCGGUAAAUCCAACCUCAUGGACGCCAUCUCUUUCGUGCUUGGCGUCCGGUCCGCACAGCUUCGUUCCAGUCAGCUCAAAGAUCUCAUCUUCCGUGGGCGUAAGAUGGCUCGAUCCGGUCAAGACCCGGAAGACGAGGAUGCUCCCGGAUCAGACGAGGACGAGGACGACCAGGGUGAAGGCACCGCCACCAAAGCCAGCGUCACUGCAAUCUACGAAGAUGGCAAGGGCUAUGAACACCGUUUCCAACGAACCAUCGCCAUCUCUGGCUCAAGCGAAUACAGAUACAACGGCAGGGCCAUCCAAUAUGCACAGUACAAUACCAAGCUAGAACAGUUCAACAUCCUCGUUAAAGCUAAAAACUUCCUCGUCUUCCAGGGUGAUGUCGAAGCAGUUGCCUCUCAGGGCGCCAAGGAGCUCAGUCGUAUGAUCGAUCAGAUCAGCGGCUCGCUCGAGCUCAGAGACGAGUACGAACGUGCCAAAGAAGCGCAGGAGCGAGCAACAGACAACUCGACCUUCAACUUCAACAAGCGCAGAGGCAUCAACUCCGAGCUCAAGCAGUUCCGUGAACAGAAGAGCGAGGCCGAAAAGUUCGAUCGUCUGCAACAGGAGCGAGUCCAACACAUCCUCAACCACACUCUCUGGCGUCUCUUUCACAUCAACCAAGACAUUGAGCUCAAUACAGACUUUGUGAAAGGUCAGGCUAAGAACAUGCGUCCAUUGCGAACCGAGCACAAGAAAGCCGAAGAAGCAGUGCAGAGAGCGAGACGAGAUCAGGGACAGACACAGACCGAGAUCUUACAAGUCGAAAAGGCGAUCAAGCGCAAACAGCGUGAUGUCGAACGCCUUCGACCAACGCUCGAUGCUUACGAGGAGAAGAUCGCCAUCUCGCGCAAGAAGAUUGACAACGGAGCUCGUAUGACAGAGCAGAUCCAGCGAGAUUUGGAGCGACAGCAGGCCACACUUUCAAAGCUCGAGCGCGAUCAGGAAACCGUUCAACGAGCUGCUGAUCGUGCAGCUGAGGAGCAGCGCCGCGCACUUCAGUCGGCAGGUCUUACUCUCAGCGAAGCCGACCUCGGCGAAUACCACAACCUCAAAGCACAAGCCAACCUCGAAGCCGUAGCUGAGCGUCAGGAACUCGAUGGACUCAAGCGAGAGGCAAGAAUCAAGACUGACGCUGUCAAUGACUUUCAAGAGAAGCUCGAGCAAUUCACCAAGCAGAAAGACAAGCUCAAAGGCGAAGAGUCGACACUCUCCGAACGACACUCCGCCCUUGAAGCUAAGCGAAAUCACAUCGACACCGACCUGCAAGCUGCUCGUGAUGAGCUCAACAAGACCCAAGCCAAGCAGACAGCCAUCAACCAGCGCGAGACUAAACUCAACGAUACCCUCCAAGUCUGCUACAACAAGCUCCUACAAGCUGGUAACGAUCUGAAAGAGGUCGAGCGCGAGGCGGCGAUGAAGGAGACCAUGGCCAAGCUGCAACGCAUCUUCCCUGGUGUUCGUGGCCGUGUUGUAGACUUGUGCAAGCCUGUACAGCGCAAGUACAACACUGCCAUCUCGACUGUGCUCGGACGCAACACCGACGCUAUCAUUGUCGACCAGGAGAAGACCGCCAUCGACUGCAUCGAGUAUCUCCGCAACACACGAGCUGGCCAAGCCAUCUUCUUGCCACUUGACCGCAUUCAGGCCAAACCCAUCAACGAUCGUCUGCGCAGCAUUGCAAGAGGCGCUCGUCUUGCAGUCGAUGUCAUUCAGUUCGACGCUUCGAUCGAACGUGCAAUCCACCACGCGUGCGGCAAUGCACUCGUUUGCGACACUAUGGAUAUUGCGCGAAACGCCGUCUACGAGAAGAAAGUCGAAGCCAAAGCCGUCACACUCGAAGGCACCGUCAUCCACAAGAGUGGUCUCAUCACCGGUGGUCAAUCCAGUUCUUCUGGCGGCAAACGCUGGGAAGAGCGCGAAGUCCAAGGUCUCACCACACAGCGUGACAAGUGUCUUGCCGAGCUCAAAGAGCUUCAAAAGGAAAAGCGCGCGCUUACAAGCGAUGAAGAGAUGGUUGCCAACAUCACUCGUCUCGAAGCCGAUCUUUCUUCGGCCCAGGAGGAACUUGCGGCUGUCAACACGCGUCUAACAGGUAUUCGCGAUGAGCUCAAGAAUAUCGACAAGCAGACCAAGGAGAUUCAGCCCAAGCUGCGCACAGUCAAGGCUGAGCUCGAGAAGCUUCAACGCAAGAUGUCUACCCUCGAGACCGUGGUCAAUCGCGAAGAGGACCGCAUCUUUGCCACUUUCUGCCGUCGUAUUGGCGUCGACAACAUUCGAGAGUACGAAGAGCGUCAGGUGCGGCUGAUGGAACGUCAGAGCGAUGCCAAAUUGCAGUUCGAGUCGCAACUGGCUCGUCUCAACCACCAGGCCAACUUCGAGAGACAGCAGAUCCAGAGCACGCAAGAGCGACUCGAGACGGUUCGUCAAGCCAUCGUUCGUGAGCGCGAGAAGCUGCAGUCAUGGCAAGCGCAGAAGCAAGGCAAGCAAGACGAACUCGAUGGCAUGCUGGAGGAGAUCGAAGAGAUGCAAUCCCAACUCUCGAGGCUGCAGACCAAGAACGAGUCCAAGAAGGCCACUCUCGAGGAAAAGCGCAUCGAUCUCCAAAAAGCCGCACGACUGCUCGAUUCUUUGUCGAAAGAAAUUGCUGCGAGAAACGACGAGAUCGAGCGUCUUGGUUCCGAGCGUGCUGCUAUUUACCGACGUUGUCGACUUGAAGAGAUUGCUCUACCCCUUAUCAAAGGCUCUCUUUCGAAGGUGGGCUUGGAAGAGACCAUCGACGUUGAUGCCCCAAUGGAUAUUGAUGAUGAUGAUAACACUCAAAAGCCCAUGUCUGCACCUGACUUUGGCAUCCAAGUUGAUUUCAGCAGUCUUGACGAAGAGGCUCGUGAGGACGGCGGUCCCUCAAUGGGCAACGAGCUGCAAACCCAAAUUGAGAGCAUCACAUCAGAGAUCGAGAAAAUGUCUCCCAACAUGAAAGCGGUCGAACGACUAGACGACACCGAAGCUAAACUCGCCGAAACCGAAAAGGAAUUCGACCGUUCCCGACGCCAAGCCAAAGAAGCUCGUGACGAAUUCCACCGCAUCAAAAAGCGUCGAUGUGAUCUCUUCAACAAGGCUUUCUACCACAUUUCUCAAUCGAUCGAUCCUACCUACAAAGAACUCUCUCGAUCCAAAGCUGCACCUAUGGGCGGCUCAGCCUAUCUUUCCGUCGAGAACACUGAAGAACCUUAUCUCGGCGGUAUCACUUAUUCGGUCGUACCACCAAUGAAGAGGUUUAGAGAUAUCACAGCGUUAUCGGGAGGAGAGAAAACAAUGGCUGCCCUAGCACUGUUGUUUGCGAUUCACUCUUUCCAGCCCGCUCCGUUCUUUGUGCUGGAUGAGGUGGAUGCUGCAUUGGAUUCACAGAAUGUUGCUAAGGUUAGUAACUAUAUUCGACAACAUGCGAGCGAUCAGUUCCAGUUUAUCGUUAUUAGUCUCAAGGCGAGUCUGUACGAGAGGAGUCAGGGUCUGGUGGGAAUUUAUAGAGAUCAGGAGGUCAACUCGAGUAGUAGUUUGACGUUGGAUUUGGAACAGUAUGCCUAG